UUCUCUCGGCUGAAAACCCCUCCCAGAUCUGCCUCCAACCCAGCCCACCUCGCCGCCGCUCUCAGAUCUGCCUCCACCGCCUCCCUUCAGUCCAGGGGAGACAUGAUGGCGGCCUUCCCGUUGCUCCUGCUCGUCCUCGUGGUGGCCGCGCCGUCCCCGCUCCUCCGCCCCGACGCCGACUCAGACAACGACAACGGAUCCGCUGCGUCCUCCGCCCCCGCGAGCUCCCACCCCUCCUCCGCGCACUCGCCGGCGCCGUCGUCGGCCCUGCGCUCCGCCGCCACUCCAUCCCCCGCCGACAAGGAAGGCGAUUACAACAAGAAGAAGAAGGAGAAGGCCCCGCCGGCGAUGGAGGUGAAGGCCGGAAGUGGCAGCGCGGAGGAGCAGCCGCAGAAGGCGGCGGACGUGGCCAAGAGGCGCGAGGAGAUGAACGGCGGGACGAAGGUGGACAUGUUCCAUUUUUCUUCCUCUCACCACUACAAGAUGCUUUGCUUUGCUGCUCCCGGUGAUGCUACGCCAUGUUUCUCGAAAAUAAAACGCCAUGCGUCCGUCCGUGUAGAGGCUUUGCUACUCCCGGUGAUGCUACAACAAUUUUUAUCAUCGUCUCUUGGAAUUCAUGUACUGCUUCCGUUUUUCUUCCUUUUACCACUACAAGAAACAGGUGUACCGCCAUGAAUGCUGUGUGUUCCUAAAGGAUGGACAAUAAGAGGUUCAUUGUAUUGCAGCCAAAAUUUGUAAAGCUCAUAGAGUAGUUGUCAACAUUUGGCAAUUUUCACUAGUUUUUUAUUACACCAGUUGCCAAAUAUUAAUUAGAGCCCAACAAAUCGGCUGCCUGUUUAUUAGGUGAUCUGGACUUAUCCUUUGAACUACCAAGGACACCGAUCUCGUUACAAUUCCUUUUA